AUGGCCUCGAGAAUGCAGAUUGAAAGGAUUGGAAAGGAAAUGACCUGUCCCAUCUGCCUGGAGUUCUCAGGGGAGCCCAUGAGCAUCAAGUGUGGGCACAGUUUCUGCCACAGAUGCAUCUCUGAGCUGUGGAGCAAAGGGCUCAGCUCCUGUCCUGAAUGCCGGACCUGCUUCCAGCAAGAGGACAUCCGGCCCAAUAGGCAGCUGGGAAACCUGGUGGAAAGUCUCAAGCCGGUGGUCAAGCUGAUGGAGGGACUGUGUGAGCGUCACCGGACAGCUCUCAGAUUGUUCAUUGAGGAGAAGGGAAAGGCCGUCUGUGCAAUUUGUCACUGGUUCUGGGAGCACAAUGGUCACCACACUGACCCCUUCGAGGAGGCAGCGGAGACACACAAGGUUGUGAGGAACACCCAGGGCAGGGACGGUCGAAUCCUGCCACAACCAGAAACCAUCCUCGUGAAGAUGAAGAGCAGCCACCCAAUACCGGGGUUGAAGGAGAUACUGAGGACUUCUUCAGCGGAUGUGACUCUGGACCCAGACACCGCCCAUCCCACCCUCUUCCUGAAAGACAAUCAGAGGAGCGUAUGUCAUGCAGACACUCCGCAGGACCUGCAUGACACCGUUAAGAGAUUUGAUAACUCUUUCAACAUCCUGGGCGUUCAGCGCUUCACUGAGGGGAAGCAUUACUGGGAGGUGUCUGUGGCUGGGAAGACCCACUGGGACUUGGGGGUUUGCAGGGACUCAGUGAGCAGGAAGGGGAUGGUGACUCUUUGUCCUCAUAAAGGAUUCUGGGUCAUGAUCCUGAGAAAUGGCAACGAAUACCAGGCUUGCACGUCUCCCGCUACCUGUCUCUCCCCAACAGUGCCUCCUCAGAAGAUAGGGGUCUUCCUAGAUUAUGAGGCUGGAAAUGUAUUGUUCUUCAACAUCACUGUCCAGUCCCACAUCUUCACCUUCUCCGGCUGCACCUUUUCCGGCCCUGUGUGCCCCUUCUUCUCACCUGGUCCUAACUACAAAGGGGAAAAUUUGGCUCCUCUGACCAUCUGCCUGGUGAGCGGGGAGGAUUGA